CCGCAACAAUAAUCAUUGUUUACAUUCUGCCGCGGUCUCCUUUAGAGAUUUUAGCUAAAAUUACAACUUUGAAGAAUAGCUCAUCGUUAUAAUGGAUGUAGAUUUCGCAAACUAAAUUCAUGAAUUGAAAAGUUUCUGUCACAAUGUGCUAUGCAACCAGAGCUCAUGAAUGGCUUCAAAAAAAUUCUAUUUUUGUGUCAAAAAACUGGCAUUUUGCAGGUGGGUUCUUCAGAGAAAGUACUGAAAACUGUUCAUUAUGGCCCAUUGGGAUCCCUGUUAAGAAGAAACAUUUUCGCAGAAUGGUUAUGUUCAAUCCUAAGAAAUCAUGAAUUUGCUACAUAUCCUGUUGAACUGCAAAAUCCUAGAGAAAAAUUCCUUCUUUCUCAAAAGUUGUCAGAUGCUCCUCCUGAAAGUUUGCUGCUAGAUGCAGUAGAGAGUUACUUCCAAAUCUUCCCGAUGAAUGGCUCAGUUUUGCCUUUUGGAAUUGCAGUGUAUGGGCCUUGCAUCAAUAAGAACAAAAGAAUCGCCGAACAAAAUCUAGCUAAUCCUGGUUCCUUUUUGAGGGAUUUAGAGUCAUGGACAAGUCUGUCAUUAGCAUUUUUUUGUCCACCAAAGAAGUCAAUGGAUUGGUUUCAUUAUUGGUCAAAAUACCGUUAUAGGUGGUGGAGAAAGUUCUCCAAUGUGCCUUCCAAGUUUUCUCUUUCUGAUGUUACCGAAUCAUCAGGCAGCCAGCAACAGCUGUCUGUGAUACUCCAGUAUCCAUGGGGAAAAGAGAAAGUGGAGACGAUCACUCUUUAUGACGACAACAAUUUUAAGGAAUUGUGCAUGAAAUAUGGCUUUGAACAAAAAAUGUCCAAUUUUAGUGUUCCUGCUGUUGUGACAUGUGAAACAGAAUUGGAUCUAGCUGCAUUUGCAUACUUGACUUCUGAUUUCUCAGAAAAGUGGCGAGAGAAUGAACUGAGAAAUAUGUUUCAGUUUCAUGUAAAGUUAGCCCCCUACAAAGUUUGUCUAUGUUUAUCGGCUUCCAGUAUUGACACCCUGAAGAAGUUGUCCGAUGUGGCAAACCAUUUAAUGAAAGAAUUCAGAAAGGGAGAUAUUACGGUAUUUCCUCACUAUGACGUCCUCUCAUCAAAUGAAUCUCAGUUGCACGUUUUUCCAUUUUGCAGGUAUGAUGAAAUGGGAGUUCCAUAUUCAGUAGCCUUAAACGAAAAUACUCUUUCAAAUGGCGUAGCAGGGCUGAGAAACAGAGACACCACGCUGCAAGAACAAGUACAUGUUACUGAAUUAACCCUGAAAUUGCAGCGGUACUUACAAAUAAUGGCAACGUCUAGUCAAGCCACUUAACCAAGA